UAGCAAUUUCAUGUUUUAAUUUAUCCAUAUUGAGUCAUAACAGCUCAUAGAACUGUAUUGUUUUUUUGUAAAUCGUAUUAAAGUCUUACAUAUUUACCUAUUAUAUUGUACAUUAUUACCUAGUUUUAGUUUUAGUUCGUGUUGAUUGGAAUGGCAGCAAUGGAUAAUCAUUUGUUUAACUUGAAAUUUGCUGUUAAAGAAUUGGAAAGAAAUUCAAAGAAAUGCGAAAAAGAAGAAAAGGCAGAAAAAUUAAAAACAAAAAAAGCUAUUCAAAAAGGCCAGAUGGAGGUUGCACGCAUACAUGCUGAAAAUGCAAUAAGGCAAAAAAAUCAAUCCAUUAAUUACUUAAGAAUGAGUGCAAGAGUAGAUGCCGUUGCUUCCAGAGUUCAAGGAGCUCUGACAACCAGAAAAGUUACCCAAAGCAUGGGUGGUGUCGUAAAAGCAAUGGAUGCGGCUAUGAAAUCAAUGAAUCUUGAAAAAAUUUCAUCUUUAAUGGAUAAAUUUGAAAAUCAGUUUGAGGAUUUGGACGUGCAAAGUUCUUACAUGGAUAACACAAUGUCUCAAAGUACUACAACUGCUGUACCACAAGGUGAUGUUGAAAAUCUUUUGCAACAAGUUGCCGAUGAAGCUGGUUUGGAAUUGAAAAUGGAAUUGCCGUCCAAUCCAACAAGUGUCAGUUCGCUCUCCACUACAACUACAGAGCAAGAUGAACUUACACAACGUUUAGCACGCCUCAGACAAGCGGAGUAACAUUAUUAAAUGAUUACUUACAAUACUCUUGUUGGAAUAUUUUUUUAUUUUAAUAUUUAUCGUGGUUGUUGAAUACAAUACAUAAGAUAUUACUAUAACGAAA